ACAAUUCACAUACACACGCUUGCGUGCAAGACAGGCAGCCACUGAGCCACAGCGACUUGCAAAUCCACGCACCGUGCAACGUGCAAGCGAUUACUACCAUACACAGCAACGUGCAAGCGAUCACCAUCUUCGCAACGCUAACCGGCAAGCGAGAUGUCAGCCAGAGUGCGCAGGGGAGGCGGCGGAGGCGGAGGCGGAGGCGGGAUGCAGUUCCCGGUGGGGCGGCGCCGCCACGUGCCGGUCGUCGACGCCGGGUGCGGGUGCCGUCCGCGCCGGCCAAGACUGCUCAGACUGCCGUCCUUCCUCAAGCCCUGCCAGCUGGGUAAGCCGGCGCCGAGGAGCGGCGGCGUGGAGUACUCCUCCACCUCCACCGCCUCCUUCUCGUCCUCCUCGGCCGCCACCCACAGCACCGGCUACUCGUCGGCCUACUCCUCCGACUACUACUCCACGCACGCCUACGGAGCUGCCAAGCAAGAGCCCCCACUCAACAAGGUGACCAAGGCGGUGCCGCCUACUCCGGCGGCGGCCAAGAAGGAGCUGAGCAAGAAGACCAAGAUGAAGAGGUGCGAGAAGACGGAGGCGGCGGCGGAGGGCGUUGGGGUGGCGGUGGAGAAGGAGUCGUCGGACCCGCGCGCCGACUUCCGGGAGAGCAUGGUGCAGAUGGUGGUGGAGAUGGGGCUGUGCGACUGGGACGGCCUCCGCUGCAUUCUCCGCCGCCUCCUCGCCCUCAACGCGCCGCGCCACCACGCCGCCAUCCUCACCGCCUUCGCCGAGGUCUGCGUCCAGAUCGUCUCCUCGCCGACUGCUCCCCAGCCGCCUCCUGGUGUCACCGGGUGGUGAUAGCUAGGAUCUCCAAGGAGCUAGAAAUUGAGGCUACAAUUACAACUGAAUUAAUCACGAAAGGCGCAUCAUAAAAAGAUUUAGUAGUAAGAUUACGAGUUUCUUGAUUAUAUUUCAGUAGUUGAUUACUUCGUUAGUUGUUGGUUUCUUCGUCGAUCGUUUCAUGGCUUCCUAGUGUUUGUGGGCUUAAUUUUCAGUAAGAACUUAGAAGUCACUGUGUACGUGUUUGUGUGUGCCCUUUGGUUUUGCAUGAAUGUCCAUAGAGAUGCAUGGCAGUAUGAGCUUGUGACCAAGCUGUAGCUGUAAUCUGUACACGUAUGUAUGUGUGUAUGAUUGAUCAGUGCUGUGACUUGUUCGUACGAGUAUGUUAUGUAUGUGUUCACAAC